CCUCUUCCACUUUUUUCAGUUUUCCAUAUACAUGAACCUCUCCAGUGCUAGUUUUGUGCAAGAUGAUUACAUUGUUUGAAUAUAAAGAGAGGUGAAGAAUGGUUCGUCAAGCUGAUUUAGUUAUCAUUUGUGUCUCUGUUGGUGUGGCCCUUGGAGUUUUGAUAGCUUGCCUCAUAUGUUUUGGCAUAAGGUGGUACAAGAAGAGUGUACAUCUUAGACGAUCUGCAAAUGAGCCUAGUUUAACAACUCUUCCAAUACGAACAAAUGGAUUGGGAACAAGCACUGAAUUCAGUGCUUCUCUUACCAGUUCCAUAGCCACUUCAAGGUCAGGAAAUCUACAAAAAAAUUCCCAUUCAACUUGGUGGAAUCAUCAAAAUAAAGAUAAACUUGCUUCACCAUCAGGCAUUCUAAAGUACUCCUACAAAGAAAUUCAAAAGGCCACACAAAAUUUCACAAAUACAUUGGGACAAGGUUCAUUUGGCACAGUUUAUAAAGCCACAAUGCCUACAGGAGAGGUGGUAGCUGUGAAGAUGCUUUCGCCCAAUUCCAAACAAGGGGAGAAAGAAUUCCAAACAGAGGUGCUUCUGCUAGGAAGAUUGCAUCAUCGGAAUCUUGUGAAUUUGGUAGGAUACAGCAUAGAUAAAGGACAGCGUAUAUUGGUUUAUGACUUCAUGAGUAAUGGAAGCUUAGCAAACCUUUUAUAUGGUGAAGAAAAGGAAUUGAGUUGGGAUGAAAGGUUGCAGAUUGCUGCUGAUAUUUCACAUGGAAUAGAAUACCUUCAUGAAGGAGCAGUCCCACCCGUCAUACAUCGCGAUUUGAAAUCUGCCAACAUAUUGCUAGAUCACUCAAUGAGAGCUAAGGUUUCUGAUUUUGGGCUUUCAAAGGAGGAGAUCUUUGAUGACCAUAAUUCUGGCCUUAAAGGUACAUAUGGUUACAUGGACCCAGCAUACAUUUCCACAAGCAAGUUCACCAUGAAGAGUGACAUUUACAGUUUUGGUAUAAUAAUUUUUGAGCUCAUCACUGCCAUUCACCCACAUCAAAAUUUGAUGGAAUAUAUCAACCUUGCUGCAAUGGAUCAUGAUGGUAUAGAUGGGAUACUUGACAAGCAACUUGUGGGAAAAUGCAACCUUGAAGAAGUGAGGCAGCUUGCUAAAAUUGCACACAAAUGUUUGCACAAAUCACCUCUGAAACGCCCCUCUAUAGGUGAGGUUUCACAGGGUAUAUUGAGGAUAAAGCAAAGGAGCACUGUGAAAGAAGACACCAUGUCAUUUGCAAGCAAUGACUUCUCCCUAACUGUGAGUCAAAUAGAGGAUCAACAGGUUGAGAUAAGUAGAAUAGCCACCAUGAACCUUAGAGAAACUCGGUGA